ACAAACGGGACUCGUAUUGAAUCUCUAAGGUGAAAUUUCACAAAUGACACAACCUGCGUUACCUCCUUAAAAAUACCGGAAAACCAAAUCCAACAACAAUGGAUAACUCUGUUUCUUCUCUCUCGUUACGUUUCCCUCCAAACCAAAAACCCAAAAACAUCUUUCAACUCUUCAAUUUCAAACCUUCCCAAUCAUCACCACCAUCCAUCACAACAACAACCCAUAAAAAAAAAUCACCCAAAUUCACAACCACCACAAACAAAAACAAAAACAUUUCAGAAAAACCAUUUUUAGAAGAAGAUGCAUUCCCAUGUUCUUUACCACUCCACAACAAAAACCCACUUUUCAUUUACAAAGACAUCAAAAACUUCGCUCGCCAAAACAAACUCAAAGAAGCUCUCACCAUUUUGGAUUACGUUGACCAACAGGGUAUUCCAGUCAACGCCACCACUUUCUCUUCCCUCAUUGCCGCUUGCAUCCGAACGAAUUCGCUUUCGAUUGGAAGACAAGUUCAUACUCAUAUAAGAAUCAAUGGCCUCCAAAAUAAUCUAUUUUUGAAAACUAAACUUGUUCAAAUGUACACUUCAUGUGGGUCAUUUGAAGAUGCAGUGAAGCUGUUUGACGAAAGUUUUCAGUCAGAGAGUAGUGUUUAUCCUUGGAAUGCUUUGCUUAGAGGAAGUGUGGUUUCUGGGGGUAAAAGAAAACAAUACAUUGAUGUUCUUAAGACUUAUUCAAAGAUGAGGGAAUUGGGUGUUGAAUUGAAUGUUUAUAGUUUCUCUAGUGUUAUCAAGAGUUUUGCCGCGGCUCCGGCACUAUUUCAAGGAUUGAAAACUCAUGCCCUUUUGGUCAAGAAUGGCUUGCUUGAUAGUGACAUUCUUAGGACUUGUUUGAUUGAUAUGUAUUUUAAGUGUGGUAAGGUUAAGCUUGCACGCUGUGUGUUUGAGGAAAUUCCCGAGAGGGAGAGAGAUGUUGUUGUUUGGGGAGCUAUGCUUGCUGGUUUUUCUCACAAUAGGUUGCAGAGGGAAGUGUUGGAGUAUGUGAAGUGGAUGGUGGAGGAAGGGAUAUAUCCGAAUUCGGUUAUAAUGACGAUUGUUAUUCCUGUGAUCGGUGAACUUUGUGCGAGGAGGUUAGGUCAGGAGGUUCAUGCUUUUGUAGUGAAGACAAAAUCGUACUCGAAGCUAGUGCCAGUUCAAUCUGCUUUGAUUGAUAUGUAUUGUAAGUGUGGGGAUUUGGGUUCGGCAAGGCGAGUUUUUUAUAGCUCGUCGGAGAGAAAUGUGGUUUGUUGGACAGCUCUUAUGUCAGGGUAUGCUUCAGUUGGAAGACUAGAGCAGGCACUGAGGUCCAUAAUAUGGAUGCAACAAGAAGGGUUUAGGCCUGAUGUGGUGACUGUUGCAACUGUUCUUCCAAUUUGUGCUCAGUUGAGGGCUCUUGAACAAGGGAAACAGAUUCAUGCUUAUGCUUUGAAACAUUGGUUUCUUCCUAACGUAUCUGUAACUUCUUCGUUGAUGGUAAUGUAUUCUAAAUGCGGUGUGGUUGAGUAUUCUGCAACACUGUUUGAUGAUACGGAGCAAAGGAACGUGAUUUCAUGGACGGCUAUGAUUGAUUCGUAUAUAGAAAAUGGGUAUCUGUAUGAAGCACUUGGCGUGAUAAGGUCGAUGCAGUUGUCAAAACAUCGACCGGACUCAAUUGCCAUUGCAAGGAUGUUAAGUGUUUGUAGUCAGCUAAAACUUUUAAAGCUUGGGAAAGAGAUUCAUGGGCAGACCUUGAAAAGGGAUUUUGCGUUGGUCCAUUUUGUUUCAUCAGAACUAAUUGAUAUGUAUGGAACUUUCGGUGAUGUUGAUAAGGCAAAGUUGGUGUUUAGUGCAGUACCUGUGAAAGGUUCCAUGACAUGGACUGCUCUUAUAAGAGCCUAUGGACACAAUGAAUUUUAUCAAGGUGCAAUUGAUCUUUUCCAUCAGAUGAGAUCAAAUGGUUUUUCUCCAAACCACUUCACAUUUGAAGCCAUUCUAUCUAUAUGUGAUAGAGCUGGAUUUGUCAAUGAUGCUAGUAAAAUCUUCAAUUUAAUGCCUAAAUAUAAAAUUGAAGCAUCUAAGGAACACUUUGCUAUAAUGGUUCGACUUCUUACCCGAUUUGGUCAACUAGAGAAAGCUCAGAGAUUUGUACAGAUGAGUUCUUUCUUAUAGUAAAGGCAACUCCACAUUUUCCAUUUGAUUGGUUUAUACAUUGUCAAACAUUCCUGAAAACAGACAUGUAACUUUUGGUUUACAAAUGUGAGUAGUAAUUUAUAAUCCCAUUUGCAACUCAUCUACUGACAAAAACCUUGAUUUAA